AUGUAAUGAGACGCUGCGGAACUGGUUGAGCGUCAGAGCCGCUGAGGGGCUGCUAAUGUUAUUGUUGUUGUUGUUGUUGUUGUUAUUGUUGUGGCUAAAUGUGAUGCUGCUACCCUCUGUGUCCGGAUCCCAUGAAAUCGCGUUCAACAUCACAGACAUGGUCUUCCGACUGUCAUUGUGUCUGUUCAACUGAAGCUUUAUGAUUCCGCUCGAGUUUGGGAAGAAAAACGCAGCGAGAUGCCGCAGAAGACGCUGGGCUCCGUGGUGGGGCUCCUAUGCACAGGGGCGUGUUUGGUUGAGGGGAAGGAGUUUUGUUUCGGUGUGAACAAUGAACAAUACAGAUGUGACAUGGGCUACUGCUGCGGAGAGACCGAGUGCUGCACAUACUAUUACGAGCUCUGGUGGUUCUGGCUGGUCUGGUCCCUCAUCAUCCUGCUGAGCUGCUGCUGUGCGUACAGACACCGGCGAGUGAAGAUGCGUCUGCAGCAGGAGCAGAGACAGAGGGAGAUCAGUCUGAUGGCGUAUCAGGGAGCAUCCAGCGCCUUCAUCACUCCUCCUCUUCCUCUUCCUCCUCCUCCUCCUCUCACCCUGCGCUUCUGGACGGACUGUAAGCUGCCCGACUACGAGGAGGUGAUGGCUCACCCCCCCACGCCUCCUCCACCCUACUCUCCUCCAGAGACACAGGAGACCCAGGAGCCCAGCGGCCGGCGCAGACACGUCACCGGAGACUCCGGCAUCGAGGUGUGUGUGUGUCAGCUGGACGAGGGCUCGGGGCCCGAGGAGGAGGCUCUGUGUCAGGGGUCCGCCAGCUGUGGUCAGGACUGAGGAGACGGACUUCUGUGUAACCCCUCGCUUCCCUCUCACACACUGAACCAGAUAUACACACCACUGUUAGACUCUCACAGCUGCCCCGAGACCACACACACACACACACACACACACACACACACACACAGACAGAGCGAUGCUCAGACACACACACACACACACAGUGUAGUUUGUGCUGAGUGCUAAUAGAGCAGAUAAACACAGUCAGCUGAUCGUCUCGUGUCUCAUCGUGGCCUUAGCGGUUUCUCUCGGCUGAUGUAAAGAUGCGUGCCGUCCUGUGUGUGUGUGUGUGAGGGAGCAGUCACAUGACUCGUCUCUCUGAUUAGUGUUCAUUAGUGAAGCUCAGGUGUGAUCAGAUCAAGGGCUAAAAUCACCAUCAGAAUGUUUCCGCUUCGGUUUCACUGAAGGACGAUGACAUCCUCAAAACCUUUGGACUCCAGACCAAUUCCCACAACAUUUACAGACUGUGCCUUUCCCAGUGGAGAUCCAGACUAACUAAAGAACUAAAGAACUAGACUAUGCAAAAUCCCAGGCCUCUGUGAGCUGCAGUAAGGAGCAAUACUCGACUCGAGCCCUGUGUAAUCAGAGCGAACACCUUCACUGUGUUUCUCUCUUCUGUGUCCCGAGGUUUGUCUGUCUCCUAGCUGUUUUUGGAUUCAUCAGCGGUGUCCGGCGUCACGAUGAUUGUUCUGAGCGUCUGAAAUAUGAAGCCUUUGACAUCGAGCAGCUCCAAGUCUGUCGUCAAAUGUGUGAUUAAUGAAAAAGAGGUUUAAUAUCGAGCCAAAAACAGCGCAAACCAGUUCUUCUGUCGAGCCGUUUUACUGCAUACUCUUUAUAACAUUAGUGUACCGUAUUUACCUGAGUCUUCUGACGGUCCGUGAGGGUUUCUGAAGCAGCUGGUGAUGAAGAUGAUGAAGAUGAAGAUGAUGAAGCACUGAGAGCUGUGCGGUGUUUCUACAGUCGCUUCUUCAGCAAGACUUCUGAUGUGACUCUUUAGUCAUUUGUAUUUUAUUUUUGUAAUAAAAUAAUAAACCAGCUUUGGCACUGA